AAUACGCAGGCGCGUCGAUUGUGGCCACUAUCGCAAUAAUGGCGGCGUUGUGUUCUCCGAGCCGGCCCUUGAGUUCCAGCCGAAAUCCGCAGAAGGACUUCGUGUGUAAAAUCUGCGACUCAAACCGUUGGAAGACUUUCGGCGUGGCCGUAUUGUCCUUGAAGGAUCUAGUAGCCAAAGGAAAGCAAAAACUCGGGCUGGACAAACAUGACCCACGAACCUGUACUGUUGUGCUAGAAGAAGAUGGAACAAUUGUUGAUGAAGAAGAUUACUUUGAGCACUUGCCAAUAAACACAAAGUUUAUGAUCCUUGGUCCUGGUGAAAAAUGGAUGCCACAAGAUGUUGAAAUAAGGCCGGUCCUGGACACAAGAACUCAUUGUAGUAUUGACUGUGUGGAUUCUGCAGAGGCGUCCAGUAAUUGGAAAGUACUUGCUCAUCGACUUCGACAAAACCUUGCUGAGAUUAUUACAAUGUCUGAGGCUGAGUUGCAGACACUGAUUGAUGUGCCAACUGCUGAGCUGGCAGUCGAACUGGAAGUAACUCCUAAACGUGCUGAAGAUAUGCAGGACUCCCUACAACGUACCCUCGAUACCAAAGAAGAGCAACGCCAAGCAAUAGAACUACUAAAAUUGUACCAGAAUGCGUUUGAUAAAGAUGAUGCAACACUUGCAGAAAAAACAGAAGUUGAUAGUUUUGGCGCAGCGACCAGUCAAACUACCCAACUGAAUCAACAUAUAAUUGAUGUCCUGAGGAAGAAGCCUUCUCCAGAGAUUUCCUUGUCAAGCAGGGAACUACAGGAGGUUUUAAACGAAAAGGAAAAGAACUUAGCAUCAGCUUUGCAUUGCUCCACUGCGGAAGUUAAGAAGUUGCAACAAGACUGUAAGAAGGAAUUUGGGAAGCGCUCAACCACUGUGCAGCAUCUUGAACAAUUGAGCCAAUAUUCUUCAAAGAAAAGAAAGCAGUGAAGGCUGGACCAACAAGCAACCAAAAUUUGGCUUGAAAUCUGUCACUCCAAUACAUUUCCUUCUUUUGGUAGAUGCUGAAUUUCUUCAGCCUUUCCUUACUAUUCUUAAAGAUAGAUUGCAAAUCACCAAUGUGCAUUUAUGUGUUGCUGGAAAUAUUUUGUAUAGGUUUGUACUCGACUAUGUUGAUGACCUUUACUUAGUUAAUAGUCAUUGCUUUAGUCUGCUUUGUACUAAAACAGUAAUUCACCAGUUUAAAUCCUGAGGGCACAAGUUAACUACACAAUGAUGUUUUUUUUUCAAAGGAUGGUAAUUAAAUUUUCAUUUUCAAAUUUUACUUACCUGCCCCACCUCCACACCAGCUUAUAUUUGUAGGUUCUUCACCCAUGUUUUACUAUUUAUUACUGCUUUCAGUUUAUAUAGGGACAUGGAAAAGCUUAAGCAAAAAAAAUGUUAAUGCAGUUGAUGAGAGCUCAGCUGAUCAUUCAUAUACUCUAGUUCAAAUUUAUUGUUGCAGCCUGGUCGCUGACUUAGAGCAGCAGUAAAAUCUGAGAGCUCACAUUAGUUGCAGGCAUCCAUCAGUUCAGUCACCUACUGAGUCCAACACCAUUUCCAGUGGAGCACCACGUGCAUUAAAACUAAAGCUAACAGCAGGAUAUGCAGAACAAUCUUCUGACUGUGGUGGAAAAGGACAAUGUCAAGAAGGUGCUACAACUGAAUCAGAUUUCAUUGGAGGUAUGGAUGCUGUAGAGAAAGUGUGAAUGUUCUCUGGAACAUGAAGAAUUCAGAUAUUUCACAACCCAGCAUGAGCAAUGCUGGUGCCUCUGGAGCAGGGCUUCCCAACCUUUUUAAUGCCAUGGACCCCAGGUUGGGAAUCUCUGCUCUAGAAUGAAUAGUAGGCCUUUUUUUGUCCGAACCUUAAAAGGUGCCACUGGAUGUAAUAAUCAAUUGCCUGAGUGACAAAGAUAAUUUCCCUUGCUGCUCCUAAUUACUGUCUCAGCUAACAGCAUGAAUCCAUUGAUAGUCUUUUUCACCAGCACAAGAAGUCAUUUUUCAUCCAUGAGCUGGGCUGUGCCUAUUGUUUGAUCAUUAUGUAUCAGGAACAUUAAUUUCAAAAGAAUUAAAAUGUUAACAGUAAGAAAGGUGGUCAACAGCAGUUUCUUAUGUCAGAGAAAUGACUUGUUUGAAGUAAUUGGUGAAUGCCGGGAACUGCAGUGAAAUUUUUUCCAUUUCAUAGAAUAAAUUAUUGCGAUCUCAAAUGUGUUGCCUAAGAGAGUGAUGGAAGCAAAUUCAGUGAAAACAUUCAAAACAACCUGGAGUAUUAUGUGUAGAUAGGUAAUUUCCGGGGAGUGGUGUUGGGAGGUGAACUAACUGAGCAAUCUUUCAAAGUGCGGGCACAAUGUGCUAUAUAAUCUCCAUGCUCUCUUGCUGUCUCACUCAAGCACCUCUGACCUGGAAUGCUCAGAUUCAGGCCCAUGUAACCUUGUCUCAUGUUAGAACUUGGUGAUUGUGGAAGGUUUUUGACACAGUGGAACAGUUUAUUGUGUACACUUUUGCCUGGGUGCUUAAUCGGUCAAAUUAUAAAUGGCAGCUUGUUCAGUUUACCUUAAAAUUCACUAGGACUUGAAGAGUUAAUAGCAGAGAUUGCCAGAAAUAUAUGUUGUAAUUAUCUAUAAUCAGAAGUUUUUUUAAUUCCAUUUAAGCCAGUUAAUUUUAAAAGAUGCUUUUAAAAGGUUCUUA